AUGACUCUUCUCGAAGAAGAGCUUGAACGUGCAGAAGAGCGUUUGAAGAUCGCCACUGAAAAGCUCGAAGAGGCCACUCACAAUGUCGACGAGUCCGAGCGUGUACGCAAAGUGAUGGAAAACCGCUCAUUCCAAGAUGAGGAGCGUGCCAACACGAUUGAAGCUCAGCUCAAAGAAGCCCAGAUGCUCGCCGAAGAAGCCGACCGAAAAUACGACGAGGUCGCCCGUAAGUUGGCCAUGGUUGAAGCUGAUCUCGAGAGAGCCGAGGAGCGUGCCGAAGCCGGAGAGAACAAGAUCGUCGAAUUGGAAGAAGAAUUGCGUGUGGUUGGUAACAACUUGAAGUCACUCGAACUUUCUGAGGAGAAAGCCCUCGAGAAAGAAGACAUUUUCGCCGAGCAGAUUCGUCAGCUUGACUUCAGAAUGAAAGAGUGGUGUUGUGAGGUAAAUCAUUGUUGGUGUUCUGUCUACAGCAAGAUUGUCGAAUUGGAAGAGGAGCUACGUGUCGUUGGAAAUAACUUGAAGUCACUCGAAGUGUCCGAAGAGAAGGCACUGCAACGUGAGGAUUCAUACGAGGAACAAAUCCGUACCAUCUCAGCUCGUCUGAAGGAGGCCGAAACCCGUGCCGAAUUCGCCGAACGUUCCGUACAGAAGCUCCAGAAGGAGGUCGACAGACUUGAGGACGAAAAAGAUGAAGCUGAUCGGAAGAAUAGACUACUUCAAGAGGAACUCGAUCAUCUGCUCACCGAACUUAAUGAUGAAUUGGUACACGAGAAGGAAAGAUACAAGGCGAUUUCUGAGGAACUUGACUCGACCUUCCAAGAACUCUCUGGCUAUUGA